CUUCCUCUUCUUCGCCACAAUCAUCAUCUCGAAGCUAGGAAACCAUGAGCAAUAUCUUGCCCCUCAAUGCUGUAUCUGCCGUCAUCAUUAUAUCUGGCGAAAUCGGUACUACCAACGAUGCUUGGAAAGGACCUGACAUACCAGUUGUCUUGCGUCGGCCAAGCCUUCCAUCACUAGACAGCGGGAUUCUCGAUGAUGAUUACGCAAAAAAACCUGAAAACACCCACAACAUAGAUGUUCUUAAGCCACAUCCUGAUCCACCUUUCAAACUUCCACCACCUGGGAAUCUUUCACUCCAUAUCCGGUUGGGGAAAAUGAUAUCGACAGGGCGCACAGGCAUGCUCUUUGACUGUGAAUGCUCGGUUCCCUCUGGGAAUGAGACAUUAGGAUAUCAGAUUCCACCAAUUGUGGUCAAGCUUGCAAGACAGUACCAUAGUGAGGAUUUGACCAAAGAAGCAAUCAUGUAUGAGGGUCUGCAAUGCUUACAAGGCUCUGCUAUACCUAGAUGCUAUGGCUUUUUCCAGUUCCGCUCAACUGACUUCUUUGACUUUGGACCAAUGUCCCUUUUACUCCUCGAGAAGCUCGGCAGACAUCUUACCCUUGGUGAACCCUUACCAGACGGAGCAGAAUCUGAAUUAGAGACCUUGUGCUCUGAUUUAGCUUCCCUACACAUCAUCCACAAUGAUCUACGUUAUGCCAACAUACUCUGUGUUUUGAGCCAAGAACAAGGUGGAAUUCCAAGUCUCCCAUCCCCGAUAUCUGGCAAGUCAUAUCAAUGGAGACUUGUAGAUUUGGACUGUGCAUACAGGACUGCCCAAGAUCUAUGGGGUGUUCAAACUUACUAUAAUACUUACCUGUCCCGAGUGCUUGAUAACGUUCCCUUUGGUUGUAUUGUUGAACCAUGGGAAUGGUAGUCGAGUCAUUGCCUUAAUGAUUUACUCAGAUUUGUAUAUCAAGCAAAUCGGUCACUCUGGUCUCAUUCAGGUCUCAUCCUGCUUUACAGUGCCAAAUACUCAUGCUUAAAUUUUAACCAAUAGACACACCACAUUGCGGAUAGACAAAUUUCUGCUAUUCUGAUCAGAACAUCCUCCUCAUCAC